AUGGCGAUUGAAACCAGCGGAAACAUCUCAAACGUCUCAGACGACUUCAACCACACCUGGAACGAAGAACAGUUCAUCUACGACAAGCAUAAGCAGAGUGCGGCUGUCAUCGCAGUUUUCGCCCUGGCCUAUCUCUCUAUCUUCCUGCUGUGUGUUGUCGGUAACGUGCUAGUGCUACUGGUGGUGGCGCUAAACAGGAACAUGCGGACGGUGACCAACUUCUUCCUGGCUAACCUAGCAGCGGCGGACCUUCUGGUGGGGGUGUUCUGUCUACCGUUCAGCCUGGCGGAUAGCAUCUUGAUGAGCUGGGCGUUCGGUGACGUCAUGUGCAAGACGUUUCUGACCGUGCAGGUGUUGUCUGUGUCGGCCUCCGUCUUCACACUCAUCGCCAUAGCUGUGGACAGAUACUACGCAGUUGUCCUCCCCACCGCCUCGGGUGUGACCAUGGCGAGGAUGCGGUACAUCCUGCUCAGCGUCUGGGUCCUGGCGGCGGCGACAUGCGUGCCUCAGGGACUGGUCCUAACCAGCACUACAUACCCAGAAAUAAACAUUUGUGUGUACACGUCAGACGGGCAGGUGGUGACCGCCUGUGAAGAGGUGUGGCCGGGUCAGCCUCACCGGGCCGGGUACGUGCUGGGCCUGUUCGCCACCAGCUACGUCCUGCCUCUCGCCGUCAUCGCAGCCAUGUACGUACGGAUCAGCAUGCGGAUCUGCACCCAAGUCGACGCCGUCACCAUCCACCUGCCCACCCCUGCACAGAGCCAGGCCUUGCAGAAGAAACUGCACGUCAUCAGGAUGCUGCUGGUUGUGGUUGUGGUGUUCGCGCUGUCCUGGCUUCCCCUGCAUGUCUUCACUAUUGUCUCUCUCUUUGCUGACUUAACGGACGACACGAUAGUCGUUCUGUAUCACUAUGUUUUCCCUAUAGUACAGUGUAUGGCGUUUCUCAACUGUGGGAUCAACCCCAUCAUAUACGGGUAUUAUAAUAAGAACCUCAGGAAGGGAUUCUAUCAGCUUGUCAGAUCAUCAUCUUCAUCAUCAACAUGA